GAUUCGAUAAAUCCAUAUGUACGUUUUACAAUUAAACAACCAUAUACCAAUCUACGACCACCCACAACAAACAGCCAGUUCAAAGGCUAUCGCAUCUCUGCUAUCAGAUCUUAUCUAUUGAUUCCUUUGUUCCAAUGUGUGUGGUGAUGAUGGUAUAUUGUUUGUUUUGUGUCCCUUUGUUUUGUUAUUUUAUGAUGUGCGCUCCUGAUUGAUCUACACAGGCCAUUAACAUUCCGCACAUUUAGUAAAAAUACUGUCUUUUUACGACUGUUUUGCGCGUAUGGCUAUAUAUUACCUGUGCAAAUAUUUGCACAAUAAACAUGUUGACACCCACACAAAAAGUCAUAAAACAGUACAGACCAAAAUAGUGAGCAAGGAAUGAACAAGUAGCGAGUUUGACAUGUGCUGGGAGCGACCGGUGGUGACAGGGACCAGGAUGGGGUGAACAUGACGUCACCAUCAGACGACCUGCUGACGGAAUUUCGCUUCCUGAUCUGCAGACUCUGCAACCAGCCCCUCCACCGUCCCAGAAUCCUCCACUGCUGGCACUACUUCUGUCUCCACUGCAUCAGCGGCCAUCUUGAAUCGAACGACUUCGUCCAGUGUCCCGUGUGUGACGUGAAAACUCGUCUUCCCCACAAGGAGGGGCUCAGCGGACUCACGCACAAAGCCGGAGGGCUGCUGUCCCGCCUUUCAGAGACUUGGAGCAAGAUUUCUGACUGCGAUUUGGAGACAGAAAUACGCCACCACUGUCACCACCUGGCAAAAACUAUCUCCGAUCCAUUGCAGUGUCUCGUGCCGUCCACGCGGGUUUGUCAUAGCUGUGAAGAGUUCAUGUGCGAGUACUGCUCCCCCUUACACCUCAUAGAGAUGCAUUCCGAGCAGUAUUACCUCUGCAAACGGCACGGCGAGCCAGAGCUAGCGUUCUGCGAAGACUGUCGCGUCGUGGCCUGUUUCAUGUGUACGAGGGAGGAACACCUGUACCACGACACGUGGGGGCUGGUGGAAAAGGCGGAACGCUACAAGGCAGAGGUGAAAGAGCUGAUCGAGAAGUGCAGAAACAGACGCUGGCGCGUGGAGGACAACCUGGAAGCCAGCGUCAGAAAAACUAAGAGUGAAAUCCAAGAAGAAGCGAAGAAAGCGCUGGAGGUUUUGACGAUGAUGGUCAAACAGAGAGAGGGAGAGUUACUUGGGCAAGUCGACCAGUUCGCUAUGGAGAUGUGGAUUAAGAUACACCAAGAGAAGCAGAAUUCUGAACCUCAAACCGAAAGAUAUGACGGGCUCGUCACGCUCGGAGAAAGCCUGGUGGAUUUUGGGAGCAGCCAGGAGAUCGUCACUACCCAUCAGCACUUGCGGUACCGCCUGUCGGGGGCCAUAGCAGAGCAAUCGCCGCUGCAAGUUCCAGAAAUGCUGCGGAAGGAAAUCUCCUUCGUCCCGGCGGAUCUACGAACUGUCGAAGAGGAAGAACUCAUUGGCAAUCUCAGUUUUUCAACAGAUGGUCAGCAGGAACCGAUACGGGAAGAUAGCACGGCACCGGAGAAAGCAGAAUCACGUGAAGAUGACGUGGAAUCACGUGAUGAUGACGUUGAGACACGUGACGACCCCGUGAUCCCCACGUGGGCUUCUGCAGAAUCUCCCACUGAAGAAGUCCCUCCACGCAAGCGUAAGAUGAGUCUGAUGGGCAACAUCUUCAAUAUAGGACGCGAGUUUGAACGCAGGCGAUCCUUGGACACCAUUCUUGACGAGACCUCCGAUGUCAAGGACACAGGUUCGGACCCAACUUUGCCAUCCUCCAAGAAAAGACACUACAGCGCUGAGGAUUUUCGGCGAAAUACGGAAGAAGACGAACAGGCACAAAGCGGUAAAAAAGCAAAGAACAGAACGAGAAAACUGAGUCUACCGGCGACAAGCUUCCAUCGCUCUAUGGAGUCCUUAAAUACAGGAAAGAACAAAGAACGCGCCGUGUCUGCUGGCAAACCUGGAAAUGGCAAGGAAAAGCGAUUCUCGGUCUUUAGCUUAAGUUGGAACAGACAAGAAGCGCCAAUUGUUGAAGAUGUCUUGGAAGCUCAACACGAAGAAGCAACUGAAGAGAAGAAGACCAUAGAGCCUAAGCUGAGCAGCAGCAGCUUGGGCAGUUUGCUGGAGGACAGUGGGUCAGACAAUGAGGACGAAGAUGAGGAAGAAGGAGGAGACGAUGGAAAAGAUGAGAAAGGAAAUAACAAGAAACCCAGAUUCAAAGUGAAGAAUCUGAUGAAGAAAGCCAAAAGCACACUGAGUCUUUUGCCUGUAGUAAACACGGAACCAGACGACAAGGAGCCGAGCGCUUGGAAUGACACACUUCGCCGUAAGAAGUCAAGUGGUGACUCCAGUCUGAAUGGGUCCAUGACAUUCAGCGAUGUCGGAGACACGAAUGAGUACGACGGGAGUCGCAAGAGAUACAGCAUGACCAGCACGGGUUCAAGCGCGACGAUAACGUCCACGGGAAGCGAGGGCGAGAAGACCUUGACGGGAGCAGAUGUCAGCUGGGAUCGGGACGGGGCUUCAUCGUCCUCGUCUGAGAACCGAAAGAAGCGUGAUCCCAAGAAAUGGAUGAGCAAGAGGAGAGCGGACAUCAAACACUUCAGCAGACGGAUCAGCGGGGACUUGACAAACUCUCUGAGAGCGUGGAAUAAAGCUCAAGAAGAGGAGAACGAGCAACGCGUUCACCCCUGGGAUGAGACUCCCGCCAAACGGUACGAUUUGGAGAAAGUCUCCGAGAUAAAUUCUGAAGACUCGGAUGACCAACACGAGUCAACAAACGGCACCGAAAGCGGCGCCCAAAAUGGCGUCUAUGGCCUGGCGGGAAACCGGAGGGUGACAUUUGACGACAUUGAUGCCGAUCUGAGGGAAAUGAACAUCCAAUCAGAAAGCGACAGCGACAGCGAAGUCGAGAUGAAGCAAUCGGAAAUCGAAGCUUCUGUACCGAACAUCCGACGAACAUCCGACGAAAAUCAGACGAACAUCCGACAAAUAUCCGACGAACACGCGAAACUUGCCGACGAUGACGAACGAGCCAACGGCGAUGAUCUUGCCGGCCCCGCCGUGAAUGGAUCGGCGCCGUAUAUUCCCGUCACCAGAGCCACCAAAUACGUGCCCCGGAAAUGGUCCCGCUUCAAGGCUAACUUCAGCCCACUCAAAAACGAGAGGAAAGCGUUUGAAUCGGACAAGGCAGAACGCCAGAACUACUACAGCGGCCGGCGAUUUAGCAUGUUUUAGAAACACAGAGAAAAUGUUGUUUACGGAUAUUUAUUAUCGAACUUAUUGUCCCCACAGGUAGAAUACAGUUGAGAUGUGAGAAAAAUCGAAAGAAAUUGUAUUCAACUUGUACAAUUUAGACGUUAUAAGUUAGAAAAAGUGUUGUAUACUUUGUUUCUUUGGGCAAUGUUUAUUAUUUUUUUGCGAUAUUCAGAUCCAUUUUGCAUAUCAGCAAUAUAUGUGAAUCAGACUGUACACGGAGCUGCAUUAUAUCCGAUAAUAUCUUAUUUAUGGAUGGAUGGAGCAGGAUAUCAAGAUGUAUAUCAAAAUGCAAAAAAAAAUGAUAUGCAUAGGUCAAAAGAAUUGCCACAAUAUAUAUGGUAUCGAUAUCAGAAGUAUAUUAUAUCGCAGGGGUGGUUGUUUUGUACAUGUUAACAAGAAUAGUAAAUUAACUUUGCAUUUGAUACGGAAUUCAAGAACACUGGUUAAAGACCUUUAAUUUGAUAUACGGAUUUCAGGGUUCAAUUUGAACCGUUGGACAAAAUAAUUAAUCAUGAAAAUGUCUCUCACCAUUCACUUGAUAUCGCCUUGCGUUAAUAUCCUAUCAACAUAACACAUCUUUUUUAAUUUUGAAUACCCCCCGCCAAUGAUUUGGAAUAGCCCUUUGUAUAUUGACUGUACAGUAUGUCCAAUGGGAUAAUACUGCAUCAGGAUGGCCUCAUUACAUGAUGUGGGGGGUAUUUAAUUUUUAGG